AGUCACCUCGUCCCGAGCAAGUGAACACCAAAAUAAACAGAGAUGGUCGGAUUUCCAGUCUGGAAACUAUUCUCACGUACGGAGGUAAUUUUCGAAAUAUAACGGUUUACUUAUCAUGAGUCUGUAGGCGCCGACUGAAACAAUGUCGGGUUGUUGAUUAAUAAUUACUCUUAUGCUCACGCUAGGAAGGCGUUUCGCUGUGCUUUCCUGAUCCUCCCGAAAAGUAAUCUUACAACUCGGCAACCGAAGUGAAGCUCGGGUUGCCGCCAUUUGAGGCUACGUCAACAUAGGGACAUUGGAGAUCUAGGCACAAAAUCACGGCCAGCAUCUAUCUAACCACUGAUGAAGGCCGCCAUCUCGGUUCCGGCAAAGCCGGAUUGGCCGGCACAAGAAGCCGGCAAUUCCGGUCCGGCCCGGCGCACCGGCCGUGGGCCGUCUCCGGGAGCGAGGGCCGCUCUGUGCCUAGUUGUGUUGUUCUCGCUGCUGGCACUGUAUAUUGGGCUUCCCGGACGGUCCGCGUGUCCCGGUCACCGGUUCCUCUCAGCAAAGCCCAAGAGCAUCGAAGAGCGGGUCAAACACAUUUUGACUCACACUCCCUUGAUAGACGGCCACAACGACCUGGCAAUUCUGAUACGAGUGCUGUACAAUAACCACAUCUCCAACGACACGUUUACCAAACCCUUUGUUGAGGGUGGCCUUCCGGGCCAGCUCGACCUACCUCGUCUCCGGCGUGGCAUGAGCGGCGGCGCGUUCUGGAGCGUCUUUUGGCCGUGCCCUGAGAACGGAACCAACUUUUCCAGCGAGAACCACCUCUCCUCUGUCCAAAACACGCUUCAACAAAUCGACCUAAUAUCUCGCCUUCAGCAAUCCCACCCGGACGUCUUUUCCCCCGCCACUCUGUCCCCGGCAGCCGCGCUGGCCGAGUUCCGGUCGUCGCGCCGCCGGCUGAUCUCGCCGCUGGGCAUUGAAGGUUUGCACCAAAUCGGCAACUCGGCGGCGACGCUGCGACGGUACCACGCGCUCGGGGUGCGGUACGCGACGCUGACGCACAACUGCGGCAACCGCUACGCCGACGCCGCGCUCUGGGAGAACCCCUUGCGCAAGGCGCCUCAUGCCGUGUGGGGGGGAUUGUCGCCCGAGGGGAGGCGGCUCGUCCGCGAGAUGAACCGGCUCGGCAUGAUUGUCGAUCUGGCGCAUACCAGCGUCGAUACCAUGCUGGAUGUGCUCGGCAAGGGAAAGCAUGAUUGGCCUGGGAGCGAGGCGCCCGUGAUUUUCAGCCACUCCAGUGUGUAUGCGAUUUGUCCGCACCCCAGGAAUGUGCCUGAUCAUGUGCUGGACUUGGUGCGCGAGAAGCGGGGGCUGGUCAUGGUCAACUUUAACCCGGAGUUUGUAUCUUGCGUCGAUAAGGGGAGGGAGGAUGGGCUGCCGGAGUUUGUCCCGGGAAAUUCCACGCUGCAGCAGGUGGCGAGGCAUGUUCUCUAUAUUGGAAAGCGCAUUGGGUUUGACCAUGUGGGCCUAGGGAGUGAUUUUGAUGGCAUACAAGAUACGCCUAGGGGGUUGGAGGAUGUGUCCAAGUUCCCGGACCUGGUGGCUGAGUUGCUGAGCCAGGGGGUGAGCGAUUACGAUGUGGCCAAGGUGGUAGGCGGAAAUCUGCUAAGGGUGUGGACAGAGGUGGAAGCCGUUGCUGAGAGGAUGCAGAAAGUGGGCGAGCCAGUGCUCGAGGAUGACCUGCCUGGGCUGUUCUUUUAGAGCCGUUCUAUGCUUAAGUAUGGUUACACAUCACUGGGUGGCUUGCCCAGUAUCAUUCAUGUUGUAUAGUACAUAGAGAUGAAGAUCGAGGUGUCCCGAGCCUUGUGGCGGGCCG